AUGGGCUUGAAUUCUCCGGGGACUUCUUCAGAGACGAAAAAGAUGCUUGAAAGAGAAGAAACCACUAACGAAGCACAAGACCGAAUAAGCCAAUUACCUGAUGCAAUUCUGUGUCACAUGCUCUCCCUUCUUCCGACUAAAUUAGCAGCACAAACAGGGAUUCUAUCUAAACGAUGGAGGGACGUUUGGCUUUCAAUACCUGCUCUUGAAUUUCAGAUGCAUCUACGGGCAAAUUAUGAGGGUGAUAUGACUGCUUUUGAUAGCUUUGCAAAGCCUAAAAUUGAGAGUUUUACUAAUUUUCUGGAUCGGCUUUUUGCUAUUCGUGACACUUCAUCCAUUAAAAAGUUCAGAUUGGUGUUUGAUCAUCAGGUUGACUCUAGAUGCCUCAAUAAUUGGUUGUCUGCUUUGCAUAAUAUUCAAGAACUUGAUCUCGAAUUAUUGGUGCAAAGGGAAUUCCCCUGGAGUCCUUUGGCGGAUAAAUUGCUGGAAAUCUUGAAACUGAGUUGCAUUAGUUUGCCCAACAUCCCAUCUUCUGUUUUUUUUCCACGUCUUAAGGUUCUUCAUCUUCAUUCAGCCACGUAUGUGGAUGAUGCAUCGGUUGAAAAGUUACUUUCUUCUUGUCCAGUCCUUGAGGAUUUGCAGAUAUCAAGGUGGGAGUGGGAUAACGUUAGGAAUUUUGUGAUUACAGUCCCUUCAUUGAAAAGGUUGACUCUGGACUUUACUACACAUGAGACGAACUUAUAUGAUGACGAUCAUUAUGAAGAUGGUGUUGAGUACAAACUGAUAAUUACUGCACCAAAUUUGGAGUAUCUAAGCCUGACUGAUUAUAUGUCAGAUUCAAUUCAGGUCAAUUCCAUGGCCAGAGUAACCGAAUCACACCUUUCUGUCUGCAAAAUCUUAGAAUGUGAUAAUCGGACAGUGGAACAAAUAAGUAAUUAUGAAAGCAAUGUGCGUGAAAUAUUUCGAAGCAUCCCAAAUGUCAAGCACUUAACAAUAGGCGAUUUUACCACGAAUUCUUUGAGUGAAUCUCUUGAUAGCAGACUGCCAGUGUUUCAGAACUUGGUCCACCUGGAGAUCAGUUUUCAACAUGUGAAUGGCGCUAUACUACUGCCAAAAUUGCUCAAAAUCUCUCCUAAACUGGAAAGCCUAAUCUUACCUCGGGGGAUUAUCAGUCAAAUUCUGUUUAGUUUUAUUUCUGAGGAGAAUCAAUUUAAGCCUCCACAAGAUGUACCUGAAUGCCUGUUACUUAGCCUGAAAAAUGUGGAAAUUCGGCAUAUUACUGGCAGAGUAGAAGAAGAAGUGCAGCUGUUGAUAUAUCUUUUGGAAAAUGCAAGGGUUCUAGAGAAGAUAACCAUUUGGUAUGAAGAAUAUUAUGUUUCCGGUGGACCGAUGGAUACUAAUAAUUAUCCAACUGUUCGUCGGAUGGAGGAUCGUUUAUCCUUCACAGACGAAUUAAUGAACUGCACUAGGGGAUCUGCUGCUUGUCAACUUGACAUACAAAUGCCUGAACUACAACUCUGA